ACAUUGUUUCCUUAGUAGAACGAGAAUCACACGGCGUGUUUGCUAACUGGUUAGCCGCCUUCAUGUGCUCUUACAGUCACAGUAAUGGAACUGGUGUGGGAGGACCCUCCUGUGCCCGAUGCUCCCUUCUUCACCAAAGAUGUUUACGAUCAAUAUUCCCUCGCACCCAGUAGUAGAGAACUGUGGGCUUCUCUACAAAGUCCUGCAGACACUGGCAGGACACAACUCGAGUGUGGUGCUCAGUCCGGACAAAAGUCUACUACCAAAAAAGUUGCACGGCUGCACGAUAGCCGCAGCAAAGAUGACUGCGACACCGCGGACGUAGACAUGGCCGCGGAGGCUCCAGAGGGAUGUCAAAAUCCCCCCAAAGCAUACGUGGAAGAUGAUGGCUUUCCUCAACCCAGACUGCCCUUCCCAUGCGUGUCCGGCCUGGCCAGCAAUGAGCAGAGGGCAUAUCUUAACUUUUUGUGUAGUAAGAAUCUCAGGGUUCCUCCCCAGCACCUGAAAGCCCGAGUCGACCAAGAAGUGAUGCAAUUUCAGAGGUACUUGCAAGAUGUGGCCAAAGUGUGCGCAGGCGACUACAGUUUCAUAUCCCAGGGAGCACUGCAAUAUGCCGAGGAUUAUUUGAGGGCACGUUUGGAGUGUAUCCAAACAUUACCUCAGCUCUAUCAGAUAUGCGAGAUGACCAGUUUGACCGGCGGAACCUUCAACCCGGCACUGUCUCUCACCUUGGAAAAACAGCUCGUUGUCAUGGGCAGUGUGGAUAUCACGAGCUGCGCGAUAAUGGCUGCUGAUGCACAGCUUGCAACGGAUUAUCAGAGUGUUUCAUCAGAAAAUCCUCCAGCCAAAAAAGCUAAGGACAUGCACGCUGCAAUCAGCAGCGAUAACAAUGCCGAGAAGCUGUGCGAGCGCUACGAGCCUCACGUGUGUCUCACCCGAGAGGCCCUGGUCACACUGUUGGACAACCACGGUCCUGACUUUGCUCAGAGAUGGGAACUUCCUGUUUGCAUUAAAGUGAAUCGUGGCAAAGGUGUGACUCCGAAGAAGACUGUUUACAUCGAAUCCCCCGUGCUCGACAAUGAAAUAACGGUGAGACAAAAGAGUCUCAUCUACCACGAGGAGAGUUUGAAGCUGUCCUUUACAAAGAAAGGAAAAAGAAACGUUUGCCAUUUAAUGACGGAACUUCCUGUGGACGAUCGGGAACCCUCGCUGGAGGGCUCCCAAAGAAACAUGAUCCCCCUCGCCAGCGACGAUCUCGACUUUGGGGUGGACCUCACCGACCUGGAGACUUUUGGAGAGGCACCAAACACAAAAGUGCAGAAGAUGCAAAACGAGCCACUGAAACGUGUUCAAAGUACGAGUUCGCCUCUUUCAAGCAAGGAAAAACGGCUCACCAAUCCUCUCAGCCGUGGUUCACAAGAGGAGAUGGACGCCUCCGCGACCGAUAUCAAACAUUACGCAGCAGCAGAGCAGAUGAGUCCGACGGUUGUCAGGGAAGCUAAUGAGGCAACCGCUACAAAGCCAGCGUACGAGUCCGAUAAAGAAAGUGAUCAAGACUUUGAGGAUGACAGACUGAUCAUUGAUGACUCAACAUCACCAUCUCAAGCAGCGACACCCACCCCCGCCUCCGUGCCCGUGGCCUCAGCUUCGCCCUCUCCCGAAAGGGGGACAGCACGCAGGCAAGCAUCCAAACGAGCGAAGGCCCCGGCCGACCAGCUCGGGGAGAUCUUGCGCAUGCAAACGGCCAUGUUCAGCUCGGCCAGCGACACGGCCACCAAAAGCCCCGCCUCGUCCCAGGAGACCGUCUCGCCCACCCGGUGUGUGGAACCCCCGCGCCACACCCUCCCGCUGUCCCUAGUGAAACCUUGCGUGACCUCUUACCUGGAGAGAAACCGGCAACAGGGUGGAGAAACCUCAGCUGCUCCUCCGGCGAUCCACACAGACUCUCCGGAGAAGAAAAAAAUAUUGUCCCAGGAGCUGCAGGCCGGCGCUGAGGACGAACAAGACUACGAGUCCCCGGAGAGAGGCAACCUGUUGUACAAGCUCUUCAGUCUCCAAGAUGUUCUCCUCAUAGUGCGCACCUCAGUCUCCGUCGCCCAAUCCAGGAAAAUAUUCCCAAACCCAAGCCAUGUUGUGCCGGUGCAUGUUUUGCCCAAGCUGGAGUACCAGCUGUGUCACGGGGUCGAGUGUCUGAGUAACAGUGAGGCUUGCCAGCUUUGGAUGGAAAGGGCACUUCACUCCAGUACAGUUUCCUUCGUAGCUCACAUCAAUCCGCACACUUCUAAAGUAGCGCUGCUCAGAAGGCUGCCUGACGCUUGGAGAGACAACAUCUCCUGCGGGUUCAAGCCGGUGAAGUCACUCAACAUUCUGCACCACCUUUUGAAAAAGCUGACAAAAAUGGACGAAGGGCAAUACCUGAUCACCCACAAACCAGAGGAGCCUUUUGUGACUUUGUUAAAAGCGUCCGACGGGAAAGCCUGUCGAAGUGCGUACGACUUGCGCCAAGUCCACAACGGUCUCCCCCGGAUUCCCACUAAUGGCCCCGUGCCCUGGAUGCCCGUGGAUCCCACUGUGCCGCUGCCGUUCCACAAGAAGCACGGCCGCGUCCCCUGCACUUUUCCCCCGCGAUCCACGCCGCAGGCUUCAGUCGAUGGAAAUGCAGCCAAGGCGGGCAAGCCAGGAGGCAAGAAGAAGAAAAAGAAAAAGAACCGCUCAGCAAAUCACAACAAAUACACUUCAAAACUCAUCAAGCAUUCAGUUUAAGAUCACGCAGUACGCUUGGAUGUGAGACACUCAAGCAAGAGUAAUACGUCUGUUUUCUAAUGCCGUCAUUUUUGUACAUGUUCUCAGUUGUCAUUUUGUAAACUGGAAGAGCAAUAAAGCUGGAAGCAUUCAAAUCAAA